UGUUUUGCAUGCUUGUUUUGUAUCAGUGUUGUGUUAGCCCAGUAUUUAACCCUAAUGUCCCUAACUAUAUAACGUGUCUUUAACAUAUUCUGUAGCAAGACUUUGUUCCAAUGUGGUGAAAAGUUAGUUAUAAGGUUUAAUUUUGUAGUAAGUGAAAUUGAAUUAAUUCACAUCCAAAAUAUCAAAAGAAAACACUUGGACAUAAAGAUAAAUUAUUAGAGUAAUUUUGAAUCAUCACAGUUAGUGGUUAAAUUAAAACAUAUUUAGAUGUCAUUAAACAAUGACUGAGAGACUUUCUAUAGUAUUGGCAGAUCUAAACAAACCGAAAAAUAAGUUACCAUAAUUGAGUAAUUAUUUGUAUGUUGACAUGAUCAGUAAAUGGUUAGUUUGGAACAGUUACAAUUCCCCUUUCUUUGUCUCCAGCUAUAUCUGAAGAAGGUUUUUAUGAGAUGCAUGCUCAGAGAGAGGGUGUACAUGAACCCAGUCAUACACCAGAGCAUUCACCAGAGAUGGACCCAAAAUAUCUGCUGUGCCCACGGCGCGAUGAUGACGAGGAUGGCGACUCGACUUGCUCACGCCUUAUGGCCGCCUCUACUAUAUCAGCCCCUGAAGUGUCAUUAGCUCCCUCCCCUGGUAACAUUGGCAAGAGACCAAAAUCACUAGAAGACAAUUUAAAUGAAAGCAGUUCCACAGAGCCUCCACCUAAGGGAAGCCUUAGCAGAUUUAAUUCUGUCAAGCGCAAACAGUUGGAACGAUUACGUCAGAGAUCUGAUUGGUUCCUUGGACCUGCUAAUGGCCAGAAAUCGAGUAAUGGCCAAAAGUCUGGCCACUCAGGGACCUCAUUCCCACAAUACACCCGUGAACAUGAAAGACUUGUGGCAAAAAGUUCAGGGAAUUCCGUAACUAAGGCAUCUUCUGAAGGAGCUGCGCUUGAUGUCAUGUCGUCUGAUGUAGACAGUGUGUUUUCCGAAGAUAGUCGUAGUGAAUCGCCUGCAUCAGAGCCAAUACGGACUCCGCCCAUUAGGGUUACGCGUGACAUCAUCCACAGUGACACUAUAGUGGAUACACCCAUGAUGGACAUGAGUGCGAGUCGUGAGUCGCAGGACCUCAACAUGGACGAGGAUGAGGAGAUGGUGGAUAGCGAGGUGUGCUACUUUGUGGUAGAGCACAAGUAUGGACACACUGAGUCCUAGCGCUCAACUACAUUCAUAGUGUUCACAGUUGAUUCCUUCUAAUAUAUUAUUAGUUAUUAUUAUUGUAUCAUAGGGAAGGCUUUGACGUUUUUUUCCAGACUUAAGUGUAAGUUUUUUCCCUUUUUAAGAUUCUCGCCAUUUAAGACUGUAAACAUUUAUUUAAUGUACUCAAGAGAUUAUGCUGACCCGUGAGUAUAACAGUUUUUUAAGAGACAUAAUAUUGUAACUUUUAUUAUGAUGGGAUUUUGUUUUCUCUAUGUAAUACCUAGUGCGUUCAACAAUUUUAUCUGACAGACAUGUUUUUACUGUUUUACAUUUUAAAUGACAGAGUGGGAAGGUGUCCGGACCAUAGCGUAAUGAUAUCAUACACUAUAUUACACGAUCUAACAUUUUACCUUAUAUUUAUCGUGUUGCAAAUUCUUUUGCUUUUUACUUUGCUGUUUGCAUAAUGUAGAUAGUGUUGCUGUAGCUUAAAAUUCUUCAAAUUCCUUUCCUUCCGAAAGAUUACAACCUCAUAAAUUAUAUAAGUACUUGGUUGUGUUACUAGUUCUAACUAGACGUUUUGGUUCAGAGGAGCAGUCAGUGUUGUUUGUGGGAGAAAAAGUCCUGUUUAAGGUUGAGGCAAUGAUGGACCAGAUAGGAGAAAUACUGAUAGAAGAUUGAACCGAUAAGCAUGGCCUGGGACCACAAAACAACAUCAAUUUUCUUUAUAUAAAAAUGUUUUAAUAUUUGAUAUUUACCGCACAUUCUCAUGUUUCAACACCUUAAACAGUUAGCUCCCCUGAAACAGAAUUCUCCUUUCCUGAAAACACUGACUGAAAGAUCUCAACAAGUGCAAUAUAUGCCUAAAAUCAUUUGAAAUGUGUUUUAGAAAGUCCCUUGUGUUAUGAAUAUACAUCCAUGUACAUUUAUUUUAAAAAGCUUUUUUUAGUAUACAUUUCUUUCUGUGUUCUAGAAAAAAUUAGACUGUUGUCUUCAAGUUCGGCAGCUUAUGAUUCUCAGCAUAAAAUCAGUUUAUCCAUUUCUUUAUUAAUAUUUUUUCUGUAAUAGGGAAAAUACAAAAUUUUUGUAGCUGAUUAUGAAAAUAAGUUUGAUUUUCACAAAGAAAUUGAAACAUGCCUGAGAAACUACAACAUCGACUGCAGACAUCAUUUAGUGAUAUAAUGGAUACCAAAAUCAAUUCAAGUGUUCUACUCCGUGGAGAUAUCUAGAGACCUAGUAAAGCUUAGUCAAUGUAGUUACAGUUCUAGGUUGUUUACGCCGGAAUCUGGAAACAUUGUAUUCAUGUGGGGUAAAUGCAAUGACAUUUGUACAGGUGUAGAUACUGUACACAAUCCUUACCUAUACUGUAGUGAAACACUUCUCCAGGUAUUUAGUUUGAAAACAAUUUUGUUCAAAAUCAUUUAACCCUUUCACCCCUCUGUAACUUAAAUAGACUCUACCAUGCAUCAAAAUGGAUGAGCCCAUUAUGGUCUAGAGUGGUGAAAGGGUUAAGAAACUGUUAACUCAACCAUAAUUUUCUGGAAAAUUUAGUCAUAGAUUUUAUUUGAAAAGGCUCAAAUCAAAUUGAAACUUUGAUAGUUUCUUAGUCAUAAAUUACAAGUCAUUCUUCAUUGAACAAAAUCACAUCUUGCCAUGAUCAGUUUAAUCAUGAAAAACAGUUGUUUUUGGAAACAUCCAAUGAAUUUUUAUUUUGUUUACUUUUAAUUCCAAUUAUAUUUUAAAUGUUCAAAACACUAAGUCACAUACCAUAUUCAACAUAACUAGUGCUCCAGUAUUUGAAAAAAAAGUUGUUAAAUUUGCUUAUUUCUCACUAAAAUUUUGUUGGGACAUUCAACAAUAUUCACUCUGAAAAAAGUUUCGAAACACUUAUCUGCCUAGCAGUAAUUUAAUUUUCAAUAUUAAUUCAAUGUGAAAGACAACCCAUCAGACAACAUAUGAAUAAUACUGGUCUAGUGGGGGAGGGGAACUUAGUCAAAGCAGGGGCGCUAAUUACAUGUAAUAUGGUAUCAUUUUUUAAAUUUUUAUCUAAGCUAACACAUAGAUGCAAUAAAUAUGUAGAUGUAUUUUGCUAUUAUUUUUUGUUUUGUUAUAUGCAGCUUGAUCAAGUCUUGCUGUUAGUUUUGUUUAACCCUAUAAGUUUAUGUUGUAUUGUUUAUAGAUACUGCAAAUUAGGACUCUAUCAUUGUUUUUGCUGUCAUACUUUUUUUUAAUAAAUAAACAUUGUAGAAACAUACCUUAAUGUGACAAGUAUAAUAUCAUUUGCUUAGACAUAUGAUGACCAAAAUUCAAACGUUCAGUAUUGUUUAAACACACUUUUCAAAACUUUCAUGUGGUAUACUGUAUAUUGGGUUGUUUAUGUGUAAUGCAAAGAAUUAAAAUUUCUGCAUUUACACUUUCACUGUUUUAUCCCCAUACUAUUGCUGUUAGGUCAGCGUGUGGUAUUUUUGAUGUGUGAUUAAAAGUUUGCACAAUUGUUUUGCAAUUUUUCACCAAGUUAAUAAAGUGAAAUUUGACACUUGCAAAAUUACUUGAUAUACAAUAUUUCCUAAUUUGCAGUACCUAAUCCAGAAAACUAGUCAGCGUGUAGCUUAUGUAGAUAACUCCACUCCAUGUCAUCCACCCUUAGCUGAUUGUUUGGGGACUUUAGAAGUUUUUAGUACUUAUGGAUACCUCCUGCAGCACCUGUAAGAAAAAAUACCUGGCUAAAAUGAACUUAUUUGAACAGCUUGUCAUGAGAGAUUUUAUAUAUAAAAAUCAAAAUGAAAUGACACAGACCCUGCAGUUAUUAUGAUUUUAUGUUACUGUUGAUGUAUAUUGUACUGGAUAUUAAGAUUUGCCUGUAAGCUUGUAGUCAAACGUUGAGAAUCAGAUAUCUGAUUUAUUUUGUCUUUUGAUCUUAGUUAAACAAAAUAGGAAAUCAUUCUCGUAGCUGCAUGUGAAGAUAAAGCCUUUUAUUUGAACAAAGUUUUAUCAAAAUCAAUUAGAUAUAUUCUGGUACAGUGAUCAGAUUUGUCAGAAGUGUAAAAUGUAACUCAAUCUUAGGAGGUAGAUUUUGUUGAAUAAGAGGCCAUGAUAUGUGAUAUCGUCUGUUUACUUGCUUGCUUUGGUUGCUGAGUAGUUGUACUCUGAGCAAAUAAUCGUAUAAUGUUGUAAUCUGUCUCAGUAUAAUUUACGAUGUGGCAGGGAAAUCAUGAUGUAUAGCAAGUCCCCUUAAUUAUUUUGUCUAAUUUUAUCUUUGAUGUAUUGUCACUCUUGUUCAAAUUUUUACUAUAUACUUAAAGAUUUCAUUACAAAUAUUCAUUUUAUCAAUACAAUUUAAAAAGGAAGCUUUCAAUGUGAAUGGAAGCGUAUGUUAAAAUGUAAAAGGAUACAUUUUUUCAUUAGGUUGAUAUAUGUUUCAUACAAUUGUCUGUCGUAAAUGAAUGUUUUAAGAGAAUAUAUUUGUUUUUUAUUCAGUAUUCAGUUGACACAGUGUCUCUUUGUAACCCACAUAUAUAAACAUACAUCUUCAGUUGAUUGUAGAGCGUACUACAGAUACCCUACUCUAUGUCCUAUACAGCUCUACUACAGCUUAUUACAGAACCUACACCCUUACACAUCAGGCUAGAACAGGCUACAUACAUGCACACCUUAAAUUUAUUUUAUAUAAAAUACUAAUUGUAUACUUUUCCAGUUUGAUAUUUUUUAGAAAAGCUACACCCAAACAGAAGAUUCUAGAAUGGGUACUGGUUGUUGGACUCUCCAACACUGGCACUCUUAUAGCCUAUUUCGGCAGCAUUCAAGCCUGUACAGUCUCUUGGUGUGGUGAGGUCACUUUCAUGUAAAUUUUGUGUUGCUUCACGCAGUUUUAGUAGUAACGCAAAACCUGAAUAUUGCUGUCACACUGCGGGGUCAUCGCUUACAGUUAU